AGUGGGCCCAGCUGGACGGCGUCGCACGCAAAAUGGAGAACGAGGACGAGUACUGCAUGCUGCUGGCGCUGCCGGCCAUCCCGGAGGGCGGCAGCCAGGCGGAGGAGCUGGCGCAACGCUCCACCCUGCGCACGGCCUUCAUCACGUACCUGCAGCUGAAACAGGCGGCCGGCAUCAUCAACAUCGAUGGUCCGCAGGGCAGCUACGUGGUGCACAUCUUCCCGCCGUGCGACUUCGCCAACGAGAACAUGGCGCGCAUCGCGCCCGACCUGCUGAGCGCCGUGGCCGAGGUGCCGCACCUGGUCAUCGUUAUCGCCACCUGCUGAGCCGGCGCGUCGCCCGGCCGGCCUCCGCGCGCGCGCGUUCGCGCCGGCGCGGUCCGGCCCCCGCCUCGUACGCUUAAAUGAUGACUGUCCACGGCCUACGUUGUUACAUGUGUAGAUUGUUAUUAGUAGUGGAAUCAUGGCUUGGAUUGAUUUGGUCCCCUGCCGUUUUGUCUGUGUCGGAUAUAUCUCGCCAUGUACAAAUUUGAUCCUGCGCCCGUGUAUAUACUGUAUAUAGCUGUAUAUAGAGAUAUCUCAUCAUCACACACAGACACACCCCUUUUUACGCUUUUGAUUGACUUGAACUUGCAGCAGUUCACCGAUUUGUCUAGAUCCAUCUUUAGGAUCGCGUGUUUAUCGGCUGGCCGGACAGACCGAGGCUCUUGCAGUCCAAGGAGUCUGUUGUUCCUCAACGUUCAUCGCUCGUUCACAAGAAUUCAUGUUUCCAGUAUUUUAGCUACUAUUCAAGAGAUCAUUAAAAACGACUUGCAUUGAAGGCCACUAAGGUCAUUUGUCCGUCUGGUUUGCCGUUAAAUUGGUCUUCAUCGCGAUCCUGAACUGUGAGUUGCUAAUUGGAUUUAGACGUUUCCUGUUCGUUUUGGGCAAACUUACCAUUUGGAAAGCGGCCUCAGUAUGAAGGUAGUUGUUGACAGUGGAGUUUGCUCAAUGCCUGUGCUAAAAUAUUAUAUUUUCGAUUCCCUAGUGUGUAAAGUGAGCCGUAUAUUUUUCUGUUGUAGCAUCAUGAUUGUGUCUCGAGCGCGCGUGCGGAGUAGUUGGUCGGCGGCCGUGGAGAUGUCGCCACAUUGCUCCGGGCCGCCGCCCGCCCGCUCCGCGCCGCGCCCGAACUAACCGUUAGAUGUCGGUGUGUGGCCGAGGCUGUGAUCAGAGUAAAACUCCUGAUUGUAAUGUCUACAGAACGUUAAGUUAUUUGAUCAUGGAAAAUAAAAUAAAAAAUAAAAAUAU